AUGUCAUCCCCGCAGGAAAGUGAGAGUCAGUUCAAUCAAUAUGGUUCAUUCAGUGACUCGACCCGCCCCCCAACUCGUCCGCGCAAUCGUCGCUACGAUUCAUCCAACGUCUCCUUUCUAGAGAUCCCCUCCUCCUUGGGAUCGGAUAAACUCAAGAACCGUCAGACCGACGAACGCGCCAGCUUGGUCCCAUCAUCAUCGCGCGACUCGCGUCCAAUUUCCAAGCAUGGAUCCUUGCUACCAUGUUCGUACUAUACUGCCGUCGAUCAGGAGCUCGAACCGGAUUCGGCAGAUGACCUGAACCGGCACCUCAAUGCCUCCCCCUCCAACCAUCGUCUCUCUCAGGGCCGCUUCAUGGGCUCGUUGAAGAUGUCCGACUGGAUGCCUGCACACACGCCAUCAGCCCCAUCCACCCCUCACCCGGGGCAUUCCAGAAGGGCGUCGUACCUGUCGGGCAACUCGGUCUUAACCGAAACUGAACGGCGUUCAAAGCCUCGGCGCUGGAAGAAGAAGUACGACGACGAGUUCCAGGAGGAGCUCGUCCGUCAGUCCGGAAACGGGAUCCGGGUCUGGUACGAGUCCUACUGCACAAUCGACUGGCUUCACGAAUUGAUCAAAGAAUCCAUCCGGCGCAAGAAACUCGCCCAGCUUGACGGCUGGCUCGGUACCCUCUCCAGGACUUGGGAUAAGAGUCAGGCAUGGGUCUUGGUCACCCUCGUCGGAAUCUGUACCGCACUUGUCGCCGACCAAAUUGUUUCAACGGAAAUGUGGCUAUUUGAACUCAAAGAAGGUUAUUGUGCUAAUGGAUGGCGAACACCGAAAAGAUUUUGCUGCGACUCGCCUAAUUCGUAUACCAGUUCAAGCACUCUCGGUUCCAUGAGUCGAUUCGUCUCUGUUUUCGAUCGAUCCAACCUCUUCCCGUUCUUGAGCCCAACUUCACCACAACCCAGCCAGUCAGCUUUGGAUCACUCGUUUGAUUUUAACGCGACCCGCCGGAAUUAUCGUUCACCGGCCUUUUCAUCUGGAUCUUUCAUCUCCCAAUGGUCAUUCAAGUCCCCUUCACCACUGGAAUCUCCCAGUCAAUCUUGUCCAGAUUGGCAUCCUUGGACCGAUCUCUUGUCGCCCCAUAGCUCUCAACCGAUAUGGAUCGAAUACCUCGUUUACAUGUUUUUCUCACUAUUCUUUGCUGGCCUUUCAUCCCUCUUGACCGUAUAUCUUUCCAGAUCAACUCAGAUCCACACUUCAACCUACCCUCAGUCCGAUCACAAUGAUUCAUCUUCAACAGUUCACAACAAUCUAAACGACCCAAGUCCGGGGAUCGAUGCUAAUUGCUCAUCUUACUUCGACACACUUCCGACUAAUCCGAAACCCCCAUCCACCCAAUCCUCAUCUAACAGGGUGCCGCCCAAGAUUUCUUACUUUGCCGCUGGUUCCGGAAUUCCAGAGGUGAAAUGUAUAUUAAGUGGCUUUGUCAUCCGAGGUUAUCUUGGAUUAUCGACUAUGUUAACAAAAGCAGUGGGUCUAUCACUCUCAGUUGGAUCUGGACUCACGCUUGGGAAAGAGGGUCCAUUGGUCCACAUUGCGUGUUGCAUCGGAAACAUAUUCACCAGAUUAUUCCCUAAAUUCGAUCGCAAUGAAGGCAAGAGGAGGGAAAUGCUCAGUGCUGCAUGCGCUGCCGGCGUUUCCGUGGCAUUUGGGGCACCGAUUGGCGGGGUUUUGUUUAGCUUGGAAGAGGUGUCAUAUUUUUUCCCUCCUCGGGUAAUGUGGAGGAGUUGUUGGUGCGCUAUUGUUGCGGCAGCGACCCUUCGGGUACUUGACCCUUUCAAGACUGGUAAAACAGUCCUCUUCGAAGUAACCUACGACCAACAGUGGCACUUUAUAGAGCUCAGCGGAUUUAUCCUGUUGGGAUUGGUCACUGGGGUUUUGGGAGCGUGGCUUGCAAAACUCAAUGUCUGGUGGACCAAGACAUUCAGGAAGCAACCUUACAUCGACCGUCAUCCAGUCUUAGAAGUUCUACUCGUCGCAUUUGUAACCUGUCUAUUGGCUUUCUCCAACCGCUUCAUGAAGCUAGCUGGAACUGAACUUGUGUAUGAGAUGUUAGCGGAGUGUCAAUUGUCCGACGCAUCAGACCCGACGAGCAGUUCGAUUUCUGGAGCGUGUAUUAGUGAUCCAAAAGAUACCGCGCAGCUCAUUCUCAACAUUGGGAUAGCUGUUUUACUCAAAUUUCUCAUUACGGCCGUCACCUUUGGGAUCAAAUGCCCUGCUGGAAUAUUCGUACCCUCGCUUUGUAUAGGGGCAAUGUUGGGUAGAAUACUAGGCUACCUGGUUGAAUACGCCUAUUAUUCUCAUCCUGACCUCUCAGUCUUCCAAAUCUGUGAUGCUAGUCGACCCUUUGGCCAAGCUUGCAUUGUACCCGGGGUUUGGGCAAUGGUUGGCGCGGCGGCGAUGUUGGCUGGUGUGACCCGGACCACCUUAUCAUUAGCCGUCAUAGUGGUAGAACUUACCGGAUCCUUGGUCUACAUCCUACCGAUUUCGAUUAGCGUAAUAGUUGCCAAGACAACGGCGGACGCGAUAGAACAUCGAUCCAUCUACGACCUUGUCAUGGAUCUUUCUGAGUUGCCUUAUCUCGAUGCAAAAUCAGAAUACUUACAUUACGCCAAACCUGAAGAUAUCAUGGAUCGUAAUGCUGAAGUGAUCGUAUUGAAUGGGGAGUUAAGAGCCUCAGAUCUAAGGCAGAGCAUCAAGAAUAUGUUGGAAGCACAACAGCUUGGGAGUGGCUGUCCGCUGAUUGAGACUUCAGACAACGGAGACAGGAGGAUCUCGGGCUACGUGGGCCUGGUCGAACUUGAGCAUUCUCUUUCGACGAUCGAAGGCGACCCGAUAUGUACCUUCGACGGGGCAGACCCGGAUGCCUUUCUCAACGGCGACUCGUCGUCCAGCGAUGAGCCCACCGUCGAUUUCGGCUACCUCGUCGACCAUGCCCCAGUCACGGUGUCAAUCCAGACUCCGAUGGAACUCAUCCACGAGAUUUUUGUCCGCUUGGGCGUUCGAUACCUCGUCGUCCAAAAUCACAAUGGUGCCUAUCUGGGUAUCAUCGAAAAGAACCGUUGGCUGAGGUAUUUGAGCUGGAACGAACAACAUGAUUCCAAACACAAGACCGAUUGA